ACACCUUCGGGAAAUUUUCUCCGUAACGGACGCGGGGCUCGAACGUUUCGGCACAUUGGUGCCUGAUUAUUACAGAUUCAAUUUGUAUCACCUGCGGGAGGAUAUAAUGAAUAUUAAGAAUUUAAACAAAAGCGAGACAUACAAAAGGAUUAUCGUGUAUUCGAAUGUUAACAAGGUUUUGUUAAAGCAAGUGAACAGGGCAGUCAAAUCUGUGAUCUCUUCAAUAUGGCGACAAUUAUCCGCGUGCGAAGAGCUUUUGAAAGCUGCAGAACAGUUGUCUUUAGCUUCGACCGAAGUCAUACGCAGUUCAAGCUCCGAAAGCGACACGUCUCCGAUUGAAUUUCAACUGAACAGCUUCGAGUUAUUAGAAUCGACUAAACAGUACUUGGAACUGGAGAAGAUGGUGGAAGAAGUCAAAAUUAUGGACGAAAUAAUAGCUAUGAACACCAAAAUUCAGGUCAAUAGCUCCGUUACCCUGUCACAAACAGGACUCGCAGAAUACAUCAAUAAAACCGAGGAGAGCUUACACAAGCUGAAUAUUGUACAAGUGAAGCUUUGGGGAAAUGUAAGGGAAACGGUGAGACGCGAAAUGAAAUCUGCCAGGCGUUCUGUGCUCCUGUAUGCGGGUGUUUUAGUCACUGUCCUCAUCACGUCGGCUGUGCCCUUACUGCUUCUCAGACACGUGGUUUCAACGUUAGAGACAUUCACCCACUCAUUAAACAUGAGUACGGAGAAGUUGAUAGCCGAGAAACAGAAGAGCGACCUCUUGCUCUCCCGGAUGCUCCCGCUGCCAGUUCUGCGGAGGCUGCGGGCGCAGAGGACGGUGCCGGCUGAAGCCUUCGACGCGGUCACCAUCUUCUUCAGCGAUAUUGUCGGCUUCACCACCAUAUCUGCGAAUAGCACGCCCAUGGAAGUCAUCAACAUGCUGAACAUGCUCUAUAAAUUGUUUGACGAGAAAAUAUCUCAAUACAACGUUUACAAGGUGGAAACUAUAGGAGACGCGUAUAUGGUGGUCUCUGGUCUGCCACAGAAAAACGGCAGCCGUCACGCGUCCGAGAUAGCUGACAUGUCAUUGUCGCUGGUGAGCAGCGUGCAGGAAGCGCGGGUGCCGCAUCGUCCCGCCGUGCCCCUGCGGGUGCGCGCCGGCGUCAACACGGGCCCGUGCGUCGCCGGCGUGGUCGGGACCACCAUGCCGAGAUACUGUUUGUUCGGCGACACCAUCAACACCGCCAGCAGAAUGGAGUCUACUGGUGAACCUAUGAAAAUUCACAUUUCGGAUUCGACGAAGAGAGCCUUAGACGAGUUCGGUACCUACAUCACUGAGUCCAGAGGAAUUAUUGAUAUUCCGGGCAAAGGCAGCAUGGAAACGUUCUGGUUGCUCGACAAGAUCGGAGGAGUACAAACUGAGAGUCCGCGCUGUCAAUUCAACGACUACGACCACAAUUUACUGGAACUCAUAAUUAAAUCUUAAGUCACGUUUCUUGGUUGAAUAUUGUAUGUACGAGUAUAUAAAUGUGAUGUUUGAGGAAUAUAACGCGAAAAUUUAAAGACAUAAAUAAAAGAGAUUCGAUAAUUUUCAGAUUUGACUUUAGGAUUCAGAUACGGUGAAAUAAAUCCAGCUUCUAUGCGACGUCGACAAAUUUGUGUUGAAAAAAUCAUAUGUAAAUAAAUUUACGUACUUCUAGCUAUAUAUUUAGAUUUGUGAACCAUGAAACGAAUUAAGAUAUUAUAUUUAUAUUAUCGGUCUAUUUUUAAGGGAUCGAUUGUAACU